AUGCGACUUCCGCCCAACGCAAUGCCUCCCAGCGACCACGACAACACUCCAGUGCCGGAACCAGCGGAGCUCACUCCUCAGCAGCUUGCGGUCGCUAUCCAGAUCUACCGCGGUUUGGCGGCGAUGUCGAGCACCAGCAACAUCGAGGCUGGGGGGCAGGAUGGCCUCGACGACCUUCGUGGUCUUGCCGAGGCCCUUCCUGAUGUCGACGGGCUCCCGGCAGACACUGUGCAGCCCCCUCCGCCUCCGUCUUCUCCGGCGGUUGUCUCGCCCCCUCUGCCUGCCGCGCACGACAGCCAGUUCUUUUGGCCUGUUCUGGCUGAACAGCUCAUGGAGGGUAAUGUCGAGCCUCCUCCGCCGGACAUCACCAACAACCACGCUGCUCCGUUGGUGGCUCCUCCCACCCCGGUGACCGUCCGAGUGCGCCGGCGCGCCACCAUUGAUGUUGCUCCGAUGGUUGCUGUCGGCGUGCAGCCGGCCCCGCCCAUUGUCCGCCGGCGUCCUGCGCCUCCUGUCACUACCGCCCCUGCAGUCUACCACAUCCCCGUUGCUCCACCCGUGCCUGUCGCAAACGGCGCUCAAGUCCCUCAUGCGCCCGCCGCCCCAUAUACGCCUAUUAUUGACGAGUUCGAUCCGACGGUCGACACGUGGUACGUUGUUUUUCGCGGCCGCAGAGUGGGGGUGUUCGCCAAUUGGGACCAGGCAUCUGUAUACGUCAAUCGUGUCUCGGGCGCUGCCCAUAAGGGCUUCCCGACGUUCAGAAUGGCACUCGAACGCUUUCGUGGCGCGGAAGCUCGUGGCACUGUGAUGGAGGUCUAG